UCUGCCGCCCGCCGCCGCCCUGCCCGACGGCCAAAAUAAAACGAAAAUAAGCAUCGCUUGCGAUCGAUGAAGACGAUCGACUUUCCUGUUCAUUUCACCCCUCGCCACAUACCCAUCAUGAGCGCUACCACCACGAUCACUGCCCCGCCCCGCAUCACGGCCGACAACGUCGCCUCCCUUUUCCCGGACGUCGACACCUCGCUGGCUCGCGAGGUCUUCCCCGCCGCCGGGGGGAACCCCUCCGUGCAGGAGGGCGGCGAGCUGGCCGGCUACGACGAGGAGCAGGUCCGUCUGAUGGAGGAGGUGUGUAUAGUUCUGGACGACGAUGACAAGCCGAUUGGGAGUGCCAGCAAGAAGACGUGCCACCUGAUGACCAACAUCGACAAGGGACUCCUGCACCGCGCCUUCUCCGUCUUCCUGUUCGACUCCAAAAACCGCCUGCUGCUCCAGCAGCGCGCCUCCGAGAAGAUCACCUUCCCCGACAUGUGGACGAAUACCUGCUGCUCCCACCCCCUGGGCGUCCCCGGCGAGACGGGCGCCCAGCUGGACGCCGCCGUGCUGGGCGUGAAGCGGGCGGCGCAGCGCAAGCUGGAGCAGGAGCUGGGCAUCAAGCCCGAGCAGGUGCCGCUGGACAAGUUUGAGUAUUUCACGAGGAUCCAUUACAAGGCCCCGAGCGAUGGGAAGUGGGGCGAGCAUGAGAUCGAUUAUAUCCUCUUCAUCCAGGCCGACGUCGACCUGAACGAGAACCCCAACGAGGUCCGCGACACGCGGUACGUGUCGGCCGACGAGCUGAAGGUCAUGUUCGAGCAGCCCGGCCUGAAGUUCACGCCGUGGUUCAAGCUCAUCUGCAACUCGAUGCUGUUCGAGUGGUGGAGCCAUCUGGGCACCGCCGCCUUGGACAAAUACAAGGGCGAGACGGAGAUUCGCCGCAUGUGAGAUGCGUCGGGAUCUCUCCACUUGAAUAUCUUGGGACCCCCCGUCCCUGCAGAUUGACUUUUUGCUUCUUGUUCUAUUUUCGGGAUAUACCAUGACCAGCCAGUUGAAUAUUUUAUCACAAUUUGAAGCCGAAGUGAAUGAACCAGUAUUUACA